GCUUGAGCGAUGAGAGCAUCUGGUCGUAUACGCCCUAGGGUCAGAUACGAGAAAGCAACUGCUUGUCGUGACCUAUGGACAUCCAACCUGACCGCGCUUCUGUUUUCUUCCGGCGGUUUUGAAUCUGGUAGGGACCAUUGGGUGACCAGAUGGGAUAGAGUACUGUGCCUGCUACAGUGAAGAAUUACAUAUGGGAGUAUUGGAACUCGGCAAGCUGUUGAACGACCGACAAGCCAAGAACUACCGAGUAAAUGCAGGCAAUGCCGCUACGCCCACGAACUGUACGCGCAGGGAUUCGCGUCAACUGGAACAGAGUGCUCUUCUUCAGCUCGCGAAUGGCUGGGCAGUAGCAAGUAGCUUACGAGCGCCUUGAAACCACCUACUCCGUCAAUCCUAAGCAGGAUAGCAAGGUCUCGAUUUGCAUGCCACGAGCAAAUGGCUCCAAUUGUAGGCGAGACACUCCGUCCUAUGGUGAGCGAGUACACCCGCAUUUGCCAUGCAGCGCACUAUAACGUGCUUGAUGGCGUACGGGAAAUGUAUGUCCGUGUGCGAAACGAUUUCCCCAAGUCGCCGAUUGGCGAACUAGCACGAGGAUCGAGGAUAUUGGUGGGUUGCCCUUGCUUCCACAAUGUGCUCCCAAUGCUACUUAAGGUGAGACACAGUUUGGCAGUGUGUUGCGAUCAUCAGUGAUGAUGGCGUCUUCCGUGCCGACACCGAAUCUUGACAUUGAAUCCUUUGCGGCGCCUCUGAGCUUCGGUUCAAGAACUGUGAUGCUCAUCAUGCUGGAUCCGGGUAUAAGACAUUCGCAUGCGUGGCCUUUCCUGGAGCAGUCAGACCGGUA